CAUUCAAGCCCUGAAGUAUUUGGAUAAAUAUUAACUGUAACCUUUUCGCAUUUGCACUCUUUCCCUCACUGUUUGUAUUAUUCGAUGUUAUAGUUUAUCGCAAGGUGCAUUUACUAUUUUUGAAAUUUUAUUUUUAUCUGCUAUCAUCCGUCGUUAUUGAAACCAACACACAUAGAUUUUAAAUAAGUUGGAAUAAGGAAUGGCUUUAGGAGAAGCAUGUGAAGUUUGUAAAAAAAGUGCUUCAAAAUAUAAAUGUCCAGUAUGUCUCAUCAAAUUUUGUUGUGUGGCAUGUUUUAAAACUCAUAAAUCAAGUGAGACUUGUGUAAAACCAGAACCUGUUGUUGAACAAAAACCACCAGUUGAAGAGCAACCAUAUGAGUUUGAAACUGAGGAUACAGUGAAACCUGAAAAGUUAAAUCUUUUACGUGAUGAUCCUGAUGUUCGGAAAGAUUUAGAAAACUCUCAUUUGCGGAAAAUGUUGGAGGAGUUGAACUUAACGCGGAAUCCAGACGUGUUCAUUGAACAAGCAAUGAAAGAGCCACUCUUUGAAGAGUUCGUAACUCAUUGUCUCCAAGUUGUUGAGGAUGAAAACUGAGGAAUGUAUUGUUAUGUAUAUAUUGUAAUUUACUGUUGUUUGUAAAAAUGUAUUAAAAAAAAAUCUUUUUU